UGUUUUCAGUAUGUCUCCAGGAAUCGUAUUUGCGGCUCUGUCCGUCUGUACCCUGUGCCUUUGUGCACCACCAGAACUGGUUGGUACCAAGAACAACCAAGAAGACCAAAUCGAUCCUAGCAUACCAAAGAUAAAAGAUAAUAAUGACACGCCAAGUGCAUUGCCAAAUGAUAGUGCUGUGCUACAAGCCAUGAUAAAUGAUGCAGAUGACACCAUGGGACACCUUACAGCUAUCAUCACUGUGCUAAACUCAUUCAAUACACUCUUGGGGUACACAGAUGACUCAAUAAGCAUUAGGCUAAUAGAAAGGUUGGGUGAGGUCUAUGUCGACCUAGAGGAUCCAAAAAGAGAAAAGGCACUAUAUAGGUUACUCGAUGAUGCCAAACUGUUGAGUGCUAACGUAACACAGACCAUAAACGAUGUCGAAGCAAUAUUAGAACACUAUGUAAACGCAAAGAGCAGGAAAGAGUUAAAAAACAAAGAACACAUACUGCUACCGAUGCUGAGCAAACUACUCAAUAAGACCUUGGGUGAAACCAUGGACAUGUUGAUCUCGAUGCGAGACAACAGCUUCAAAGCUGAACUCUUGAGGAAAACAGACUUCUCGUUGUUACAUGCAGAUGAGACAACGGCACUGGUAAAUGCGCUGACAAACACAUACGGCAAGACUUAUGAGGUCGACCCAAAGGACCUUGAACAUGACACCCUACACAAAAAAAUCAAAGUCAUGAAUGAUGAAUUGAAUGAACAGUUGCAAUGGCUUAACCAGCAGUCAAAUGAAAUCACGAAGUUUGCUGAGGAUCUUUGUCCAAUUGAUCCUUUAUUAAUAAAUUUUUCAUUUUAUGAGUUUCUUCAACCUCAUUUGCCUGAUCAGCGUAUGGUUUUUAUGUCUUUACACGAUUACUUAAAUGAAAUAACGGCGGUAAAUUCUUUUUUUCUUACUAUUGAAGAUGGUAUUUUUGGAAUCUCUAGGGUGUUAAAUAAAAUAUUAUUUUUGAAUUUAAUGGAUUUCUUUAAGAAAAGUAUGAUACUUCUUGAAUAUAUCUAUAAGCCGAUGCGAUGGAAUACUCAAAGAAGAAUAAAGUACUAUCUACAAUUUGCACAGUUACAAAAAAAAUAUGUGCCAUUUUUUAGCAUUAUGCAGAAAGAUGCUAAAAUGAAACUAAGAUUUGACAAAGCGAUGGGACAGCAACAAUCACAAGCAGGUGCAAUAGUUUUGCAGGAUGCCAUACAUCGAUUUUUGGUGCAAUAUUAUCAAUUUGAAUGGAAAGAACUGCAUCGUUUGGUGGAACAUUGUCAUUUUAAAAUAAACGAAGGCAAUAUAACGGAUGUGGCACUAAGACAACAAAUAAAUAAAAUACAAACCAAAGAGAAGCUUUUGCAUGUAACAUUCAAGAAAUUACAAGAUGAAUUCGAAGCCAUUAAUAAUACAAUUACCCAAGAUAUUCCAAAGAUCGUACAUGAAAAGUAUUUGCCACCAGAGUUAUACCGAAUUAAACAAGAUGUAGUAGAUAAAAUGGAUAAAGAAUUAGGCGCACUUUAUAUUGACUACGUGAUAUUAAAAACACUGAUACAAGAUAGUUAUCGCAUAAGGAAUGCAAUCAAAAAUGAUUUAAACACCAACGAGCUGGAAAUUAGUGGCCUAUUUGUGUUUUAUGAAAUGUAUAUCAAACUGUUAAAUGUAUCAAUCGAUGUGGACGAUGUUUUAGUGGAAUAUUCAGCAAUAGGCAACAAUUUGCAAAAAAGUGUGCCAAAAUUGCCAAUAAUUAGAUCCAAUGGUUUUCCUGCUCAUGCAUUGAACUGUUUAAAAGGUAUAGAUGAAAAAUACAAUAAUGUACUCUCUAGAGUUGCGGAUAUUGGGCAUAUAUUCAAUCGAGAGUAUUUAACUGUGUCAAAUGUAAAUCUGAUAAAUCAAUUUAUAGAGCAAAUAGGAAGAUUCGCCACUGGUUUCAAUUCUUACGAAUGGAAAAAAUCUUUUAACCUGUUUUACAUAACCAAACCAGCUAUUGAACACAUUAUUUCAAUCAAACUGAUGAUUCCGCGAUUGGCGUCUAUUGCUAGAGAAUUUGAAAAUUUUUUCAAGUCCAUAGAAAACAAAAUACCUAUUCUAUUAGGGGAAGUAAAAAAGUGUAUAAGCACAAUGCCUGCAGUGAAAACGCUACAGUCAACCUCAUCUUUACCGGGUGAUGCCCCUAAGACAGUGGAAGAAGUGCUACAAUCCCUAGCUAAUAAGCAAGAAGAAUAUGCUAUUGCCAACGGUUUCAAAGUUAAAUUCACAAAAGGCGAUAUUCAAUCUUCAUUGGAAAACGAAUUAAAAGUUGACAAUUUUUUGAGUCAAUCAAAAAGGUCGGAUUUUAUAGAAAGCAAAGAGAAAACGUCCUUUGCAAAAAAAUCAAGAUAUAUGACACAACAAAUCCGUAGAACUAUAGUGUCAUUCUUAUUAUUAAUGCUAUAAAUGCAAAUGUAUCGGAAUAAUCAUAAAAAA